GUUGCAAUAUUUUAUCUUUGAUGGGAGUGUGCGCAUGCGCUGUCCAAGUUUGCGGAAGUGUAUGAAGGAACCGGAGGAGAGCCCGUGUCCGAAUAGUAUUGUAUGUUUAUGUAAUGGGUCGUUUGGAGAGCUGCAACUAUAUGUAUGCAUGAUUUUUUCUACAAGUUUGAAGUUGUGCAGAAAUGGUGGGUUUCGACCCCGGGGCAAAGGAGGCUGCGAUCUCCCCAAAAGAAGCUGUGUUAGCAGGUUCGGCUGGUGGGAUGGUCACUAGAGCCCUCAUCAGCCCCUUUGAUGUGGUUAAAAUCCGGUUUCAGCUACAGAUAGAGCGUGUGUCUGCACUCAAACCUGAGGGGAAAUAUGCAGGACAAUUUCAGGCCUUUCGCUGCAUUUACUCAGAGGAAGGACUCGCUGCUUUCUGGAAAGGUCAUGUCCCAGCACAGCUCCUCUCCAUCUGCUAUGGUGCAGUCCAGUUUACCAGUUUUGAAGUCCUAACAAAAAUGGUCUACAAGUUGACGCCUUAUGACAGUCGGUCAGCAGGAGUUCACUUUUUCUGUGGCGGUCUGGCAGCAUGCUCUGCCACGGUGGUUUGCCAGCCUCUGGACACACUGCGGACGCGCUUUGCAGCUCAGGGAGAGCCAAAGGUGUACAGGAACCUGCGGCAUGCUGUAAGCACCAUGUGGUGCACGGAGGGGCUGCUGACAUUUUAUCGCGGAUUAUCGCCAACUCUGAUGGCCGUGUAUCCGUACGCAGGACUACAGUUCUUCUUCUACAAUGUGUUCAAGAAGUGGCUGGGUCCUUCAGACUCAGGAGGAGGUCUGAGAAGCCUGGUGUGUGGCAGUGGAGCUGGUGUGAUCAGCAAAACCAUCACGUACCCCUUCGACCUGUUCAAAAAAAGACUCCAGGUGGGGGGCUUUGAGGCUGCCAGAGCUCGUUUUGGGCAGGUUCGGCGCUACAGUGGUCUGAUGGACUGCAUGUUUCAGAUAGCCAAGGAGGAGGGCUUUCGGGGCUUCUUCAAAGGUCUCUCUCCCAGCCUUGUAAAGGCUGCACUCUCAACAGGCUUUACGUUUUUUUGGUAUGAGUUCUUCAUUAAUUUAAUUCAUAACGUCAAGAAAAGGCAAACAACAUCAGAGCCCGCCAAAGACUGAGAAGACAGACCAGGGAAAUGCAGAAGGAUCAAUCACGCACAUUUGAAAUGCACUUAUGCCGCCUCGUGUGCAUGCACUGAACAAAUGCAUCAGCUUGGUCGGUAAUAGUUUCCUGUUUGUUUACAUGUACAGAUGGGAAAAGGUCAUAUUAAAAAAGAAAACUGUCAGAUUUUUGAUCAAAUACAAACAGCAUUUUACAUCCUAACUUCCUAUGAAUAUUCUGAAUUUUAUUUAAUCACAAAACUAAAAAUGAUCAGCUUUUAUUUUGAAGUUUGCACUUUGAACUCUACUUUUUGUUUGAAGGGUCACCCAUGUGGACCUACUGGAUAGAAAAAGGAAUGAAAUUCAGAUUUAUCUGGUAUGUACAGAUAUUAAAAAAGAAACAUUUAAUGUCAAAGCUAUUUUCAGAACAUAUACUUAGACAUCUCAGUAUGUCUUAAACUCGAUAGGUCGUCUACAGUUGUGCUGAGGUUUGUGUCUGUUAUAGGACUUUCUCAGGUGUUUUAUGUCAAACUGAGGUUUAUGAAAAUAAAGGCUUCCUUUGCACACCCAUCUGUACACUGGUGCAUAGGAAAAGUGGCAA